UUUGCUGAAAUUUAUUUACACGCACGAACACGUAUAAAAUAUACAUCUAAUUAUUAAACUAUGUCAUCGAAUGACGAAUGCAGUUCAUCACAACAAUAUCAGUUUCAAUUUAUUUUGUAAUAUUGAGUCGAGUUCUAUCGCGAGAGCGUUUCCCUGAUGUGAGAAUUUCACAGACUUUAAUAUAAUUUCGCUUUCAAUUUUGUUCGUUCGAGAUAAUAUUCGAUAGUUCGAUUCGAAAUGAUGCGCUGAUACGAAUAUUUUACAUGUGUCUGAACACAAUUUCAGAACGAUGAGGAAUCUCAAGACAGUUCCGAGAACUCCAAAACUGACCAUUCAGCUACCGCAUCGUCUGAAUUACUUGGAAAUUUCGUAACCAAACAUCAUACACAAAAGCACUAUGGGAGCUUUGGCAGAACAAGCACGUGCUUUUACCCACAUCACAUACACUUAUGGAGCCAGUGUGGCCUAUAUCGCCAUGCUGUACGCUGGUCUCAUCGCAUUCCGCCCCGAUAUUCAAGAUGGCGAUAAUCGAGUCGAAGAUUUACCAUUUUCCAAACUGUACGACGAGUAUGACUUCAUUAUCGUAGGAGGAGGAUCGGCUGGGUCUGUGGUGGCGAGCCGAUUGUCCGAGAAUGCCAACUGGACGGUUCUGCUAUUGGAGGCUGGAGGUGAAGAAUUUAUUCUUACAGAGCUACCAUUGAUGUAUCCUAGUUUACAACUGACACCUUUGGAUUGGCAAUUUAAAACCGAACCGUCGGAUAAAUUUUGCCUGAGUCAAAAUAAAAGAUGUAAUUGGCCCAGAGGAAAGGUUAUCGGAGGAUCGAGUGUGUUGAACGCGAUGCUUUACGUACGAGGAAAUCGAGCAGAUUACGAUCGAUGGGAGCAGCUUGGAAAUGAAGGCUGGAGCUACGAAGAAGUAUUACCUUACUUCAAGAAAUCCGAAGACAUGAGAAUAGCCAAUCUGCAAAACUCCCCCUACCACGGAACCGGAGGUUAUCUCACCAUAGAAGAGCUUCGUUACCAAUCAGCCAUCACAAAAACUCUCUUAGACGCUGGCCAAGAACUAGGCUACAAGGUGAUCGACGUGAAUGGAGAAUCGCAAAUAGGGUUCACCAAAACUCACGGUACUCUGCGAAAUGGUCUACGUUGCAGUACAGCUAAAGGAUUCUUGAGACCGGUCAAAAAUCGUCCAAAUUUACAUAUCAGUUUAUUCUCACAUGCGACCAAGAUACUCGUGAACAACGGUAGCAAAACGGCCGAAGGAGUUGUGUUCCAAAAACACGAAGGGAGAUCCAAGACUGUCAAAGCACGUAAAGAAAUAAUACUCAGCGCAGGCAGCGUAAAAACACCGCAACUUCUAAUGCUAUCUGGAAUCGGACCCGAGAAUCAUCUACGUCGAAAAGGAAUAGAAGUCGUGCAUCAUUCACCUGGUGUCGGUCAAAAUCUCCAAGAUCACGUGGCUAUUGGAGGUGUGACAUUUCUCUUCGAUUCUCCUCCUACAACCAAACCUACAGGAGCAGGAAUCGUACUACCGAGGUUAUUCACCCUGAAAACCUACUAUUCGUUCAUCAAUGAUCACACUGGACCAGUUUAUAGUUUACCAUUUUGCGAAGUUAUGGCUUUCAUUAACUCGAAAUACAAUGACAACUCUAGCUGGCCCGAUAUUCAACUUAUAAUAGCUACAGCAGGUGAUAACGAUGAUGGUGGCUUGUUCAAUCGGAAAACCAACGGAUUGACUGAUGCAGCUUACGCCAAAGUUUUCGAUCCUAUUCUUUAUAAAGAUGCAUACACUGUGGUGCCAUUACUCCUCAGACCUCAGAGUGUCGGACGAAUCGAGCUCAAGGAUAAGAAUCCACGAUCUAAGCCUCUGAUUUACCCAAAUUAUUACGAUAAUCCGCACGAUAUGAAAGUUCUGAUCGAAGGAGCAAAAGUGGCAUACUCGCUGAGUCGAACGAACGCCAUGAAAUUGUACAAUACCAGUUUUCACACUAUUCCUUUUCCUGGAUGUGAACAGCAUGCCAUAUUAAGCGACGAAUACUGGGAGUGCCAAGCUCGUCAAUACACGUUGACAAUUUAUCAUCCGGUAGGAACUAGUAAAAUGGGCCCGGACGACGAUCCAGAUGCAGUAGUCGAUCCUCAACUACGAGUACGAGGUAUCUCGAAGCUACGAGUAAUCGACGCCUCGAUCAUGCCAAAAAUCGUCAGCGGUAAUACAAACGCUCCGACCAUAAUGAUCGCAGAAAAAGGAUCAGAUUUGAUCAAGUACGAUUGGAUGCCUCCUUCGUUAAAGAAAUCAAAAAAACCUCGUAAAAAUAAAAUGAAACCGAAAAUUCGUCGUCAUUGAAAUAAAUUCUUUGCAAAAAGUCGAGUUUA